AUGUAUUAAAUUAAAUUAUAUAUAAUUAACUAACUAACUAUCAAGUGUAUAAAUAAAUUAUUUAAUAAUUUGUUAACAAAAAUUUAUAAGUAAUCAAUAUCAUCUAGAAUACUUAAAAAAAAAAAAUAUCUUUUAUUUGUUUAGUAAUCAUCAAAAUAUAUUAGUGUUGUUAAUUCCUAAGAUAAUCAAAUAUUUAUAUAAAAGUUAAUAGCUAUGUCGAUAAAUCCAUCGUUUUAAAAUUAUUUGUUAAAAUACUAAGUCAAUGAUGAAGAUGAUUUAUUUAAGAUUGUUUAUAAUAAAAAAUUUGAGAAUAAGCUAUUUCCUAAUACAGAGAAGUUAUAAUUGUUAGAUGAUAGAAAUGAAGAUUAGAUUGAAGAAGACUACUUGAAAUAUAAGUAAGAUACUUAUUUUUAUUUCAUAUCAUCUGCCGCUUUAACUAUCCCCACUGCAAUCGGAGUUCUUAUAAAUCUCUAUCUAAAUAAAAAUAUAUAAAGCGAAACCCUAAAGAUUUAGCGCUAGUUAAAAGUUAUUGGAGGUUUUGGUAUACCUUCUUUUAUAUUAUUUAAUAUUGGGGCAUAUCGCAGAUUCUUUAAAUAAUAUGAACCUGAAGUUCUUCUAAGAAAAAAAUAUUCAGCUUAUCUUUAGAAGAGAGAAGUAAGAAAGAAUUAUUGA